GCUGAUUGAAAAGGCGACAUAAUAGCUAGACCGGUUCGCACCGGUUUGUGUGGACGGCUCAGUAUUUAUACCCAGCGGUGCCGGGUAUGUUUUGAGCCUGAAGCCGCUCGGCACAUCGCCGCUUAGCGCUGACGUGCAGCCUAGCCCGGCUCGCGGCCUCGAUAAAAAAUGGAGUACGACGCCGCGCUGGAGCACCUCGGCCGCUGCGGCCGCUUCCAAAAAAUCACCGCCAUCGCUAUGUCUCUAGUCGGCAUCCCGGCCGGCUUUAACAUGGUCGCGAUGACUUUCCUGGGAGCCAUGACCGACCAUCGCUGCCGCCUGCACGAAAACAGCCGGGCGGGCUAUGCAGGGAAUGCCACCGAAGGACUUAACGCUAGCAUACCCUGGGAGAAUGUCGGGGGCACCUUGAGACUGAGCCAAUGCAAUAUGUACGUGGAUUUAGGAGCUGAAGCCGGGGAGAACGCCACCAUAGCGCCUUGCGAGUAUGGAUGGGUGUACGACCGCAGCCAGUAUAGCAGCAGCAUCGUUACGGAGUUUGACCUGGUGUGUAACAAGGCGUGGCUGACGGAGCUGGCACAGUCCAUCUACAUGUCCGGGGUGUGUGUGGGCGCCGUGCUGUUUGGAGCCAUGGCUGACAGGUACGGGCGGCGUCCUAUCCUGCUGUUAUGCCUGAUGGUCCAGAUCCCGCUCAUGUUCGCCGUCGCCUUCGCCACGGAUUACGUCACCUUCGUCACUCUUCGGUUCAUCAUCGGGGCGACGAUGAACGGCUUUCUCUACUCGGGCAUCGUUAUCGGUACGGAGGUGGUCCACACGUCCAUGCGCACCCUGUUCGGCAUGUCCGUACCCUUCACCAUGGUGAUCAGCUACAUCCUGCUCGGUGUGCUGGCCUACUUUUUCCGCGACUGGCGGACCCUGCAGCUCGCCAUGUCCAUCCCGCUCGUCCUCUUCGUGUCCUACUGGUGGUUGGCGCCCGAGUCUCCCCGCUGGCUACUGACCAAUCGCAAGUCAGAGGAGGCGAAGGCUGUCAUCAGGAAGGCGGCAAAACAAAAUGGCGUCGACAUCCCGGAGAAAAUCUACGAACUCAUCGACGAAGCCGGGGGAAAGGGUUCAGAUCCGCAUGACUGUGGACCAAGGACCUACACCAUGCUGGACCUGCUUCGCACGCCCAAACUGAGGGCCACAACCAUACUGAUAUCCACAAACUGGUUCGUCCUCUCUGCAGUCUACUAUGGUCUAUGCGUGGGAACCGCAGCUUUGGCGGGGGACCACUACGUCAACUUCAUCACCAGCGCAUGCGUGGAACUAGUGGGCGUGUUUGUGGCGUGGUUCACUAUGGAGCGGUGCGGGAGGAAGCUGCCCUCCGUGGUCUUCAUGCUGCUAGGCGGCUGCGCAUGCGCCGCAACUGCUGCUGUACCGCAUACGCACGAGAUGAUCUCUACCGUGCUGGCCAUGGUGGGGAGGUUCGGCAUCAGCGUCAGCUUCAACGUGUUCUACGUGUACUCUGCAGAGGUCUUCCCUACUGUCGUAAGAAACAUGGGUCUGGGCGUGGCCACCAUGUUGGCGCGGGUGGGCGGCAUCAUCGCGCCGUUCGUGUACCUGCUGGCGGACACCUGGCGGCCCCUCCCCCUGCUCACCUUCGGCCUCGUCUCCAUCUUCUCCGGCCUCACCAUGCUCUCCAUGCCGGAAACGCUCGGCAAGCCGCUACCGAACACCAUCGCCUCGGUGGAAAACGUCAGCAAACCCCCUCCGCCCAUACUGGUACCGGACGGAGUGGUGCUCCCGGGCGACACAGACAAACCGCUUAUCAUCUUCCAGAAACUGACGGUGCUGUAAGGGGACACAAACACCCCCAUUACAAAAGCCCCCCACGUCACACAUUCAGAACCUUCUCCCGACCACCAACCAACCAACCAAGGUUGGCUGAAGUUCGGGUUCAGUCUGAUCAGAUUUAGGCCACGCCUACCUUUCUGUUCGAAUCGAAUAGAACUUAUUUGAGGUAAAUCUGAGUCAGAUUUGACCCCCCCUCCCGAACACUGCUGACCUAUUCCCGAUGACCAGCCAACUAUGGUCGAACCUCCCGUUAACACCCGAAUAGAGCCCAACCACAGCCGACCUUGUUCCCGACCUACAUCCUAUAACUGAGUUCAGCAGUGUUAGGGAAGCCAUAUUUGACUAUAUGUGACAGGAACUUAUGCUGAGGUCACA